AUGGAGAAAGCAUUCAGAGUAGUUGAUACUAUGGUAUCAGUUGGCAUGAGCACUAAUGUUAUUCCUCAUGACUUGUUCCUUAGCAUGUUAGAUAUAUUGUCUAGUUCGAAAUUUCUCGAGGCAGUGCAAAAUUUAGGGUGGAUUGGAGAAAGAGAGCACCAAACACUACAGUUGGCCAUUCGUCAUGAAGCUAUAGUAUUGGGUCAAUUGGUUUAUAUGAUAUUAUUAGCUGGGUGCUUCUUGGUAGCACCUUGCCGUGAGGAUGAUACUGUAUUAGCCAUUAUUCUUAUGCUUGUGGGUUGCUGGGUGAGACAUUUAUACAGUUGCCUUGAGUUAAGCACUGCUCUGUACGGCUACUGCAGAAUGCAUGGAAAGUUCUCUCAUGUUGAGUGUAUUAAUCUCGCUGAUUCUCCACCAUCUUCUGGAAUUUUACCAGACCAGCUUACUGAAUAUGAAAAUAGUCUGGACAAUUCUUCCUUGGACAAAGCCAACCUUUUAUCAGAUGCAGCAUUAAAAGAGCCUAAAAAUUGCAUUUCUAGCUUGGCUGGUGAGGUGAGGUGGUACCAAACCAGACCUGAUACUGUGGUACUCCAGGAUACUGUCAGAAAGCAACAAUAUGGUAUGCCACCGACCGAGAGCUCCAAUGAGGACCACCCGCCAGUUCCACAUGUUGUGAAGAUCCCUUGCAAGUUAAUAUUUGGUAUUAUGUUACAUGACCUGGGUCUUCCAGAUGCAAGAUACACCUCCCAUACACAUGAAGAUGGCGAAGUGUCAGCCAUCGUCACCUAUUACGGUCCUUCGGAGAUACCAGGGAAAUUGCUUCAGCAGUUCAAAAUUGGAGGAGCUCCAGCUGCUGAUUUUGAGACGGCAGAAGAUUCUGCUGCUAGGGAAAGUAUCAGACACAUCGAAACAACCGAAGACGUGGAGGUAGAAGAUCUUCAUUAUGGUGAGUUAAAAGGUGUGAUGAAGAGCUACAAAGCCCUUCUUCUGAGAUCGAUAAAGGAAAAAAAAAGAGCAAUCCAAACUCAUUCAGUAUCUCACUACCCACCGAAGUAAUAGCCUGUACAGCAGCUUCAGAUUUUGAAAUGUAAAGCUCUACUUCUGAUCUUCUAUUAUAGUUCAUACCUACCAAACAGAUCCCCAUUUUGUCUUCCAUAAGCAAGAUGGUUGCCCUACAGGCGCUCUCCACAGCAUCAGUUUGAGAACAUGAUUCUGGCCCAACAAUAUUGACAUUGGCGGUCAGGUUGUCACCACAGUUCUGCCUUCGAAUAAGAGUUGUCUCACAGACAUAUAGUUUGGUCCCUACAGAAGUAACACUAAAUAUAGGUUCAGGCCAUCCAAGAGAAUUCAUCAUCUCGCACAGGAUGGUCUUCAUGGAGAGACCUAUCUCGCGUGCAAUAACUCCUUUAUAGUAAACAGCCUACAAACAGAAGGACUUCAUGUGUGCAGACGGUUUCGGACCCAAAAGGGCAAAUAUUUCCUGGCGAUGGCAGUCUCCGAUUCUUCGUACCUGAAAGUUUUCUUAUCUCUUUUCUUCCAUCCUUUCAAGGUUCUUAUGUACAAUUACACCGAUAACCAUGGAUGCAAGCUGGGUCUUCGAUGUGUACACGUCUGUAUCUUUGUUUGUGCAUCCUUCUAUUUUAAU